UUUUUCACGUGUCGCCAGGGCUGCACCGCGAGUCUCUCCUUGCGGCGCUACACUACAGCAGAGUACGAGUCUGAAGCGGAGGGAGUCAUGGUGAGUCCCGCGUGGCACCGAAGCCUGCAGACCCGGGCCUGUCUGAGGCGUACGGGGAUCACUGACGCCCCUCUUUUGUUGGGUUAGGCGGGAGGGAUUGGUGGCCACUCAGUGACCAGCGCCCGCCGGCACCUUGGAGCGGCAAGGCCUGCCCGACCCUUUUCUUCUCCGGGGGCUCUUUCCACGCGCGUGUGCUGCGGUGUGUAAGGCAGGGGGCGGGAACCCGGAUGCAAGCGCAGCGUCCCACCUGCUCUGCAGGGCUUUUGUGGAUGUGUAAUAUCUUGGGUAAAAAGCAUGGUGCCAGGCAGGGAGAUUGACCCAGCGUUUCUUGAAAAUUUCUGGAAAACCCUGAAGAAGGAAAACAUUUGACCUUGGAAUAAACUAAGGUUGACCUUAAAGCUGGUCUGGUUGCUCACCAGAGGAGCGACAACGACCCUUAACAGAUGUAAGGAAUCGGGAAUUAAACUUGGAAUAUUGGUUAGUACAUUCAAAUGCGUUUCCUUAACGAAUAAGCUGAGGUUUGGUGUUAACUUUCGAAGCCAAAACGUGUUGAGAUGUAUACAACACGGUGGCGUUGCCUGUUGAUAAUAUGAUUACAUUUAGUUUUUGUUUCAAAACAUUUCUCUUCCUACAGGCAGGACAAGCGUUUAGAAAGUUUCUUCCACUCUUUGACCGAGUAUUGGUUGAAAGGAGUGCUGCUGAAACUGUAACCAAAGGAGGCAUUAUGCUUCCAGAAAAAUCUCAAGGAAAAGUAUUGCAAGCAACAGUAGUCGCUGUUGGAUCGGGUUCUAAAGGAAAGGGUGGAGAGAUUCAACCGGUUAGCGUGAAAGUUGGAGAUAAAGUUCUUCUGCCAGAGUAUGGAGGCACCAAAGUAGUUCUAGAUGACAAGGAUUAUUUCCUAUUUAGAGAUGGUGACAUUCUUGGAAAGUACCUAGACUGAAAUAAAUCACUAUUGAAAUGGCAUCAACGUGAAGCUGCCCAUUCCACUGAAGUUCUGAAAUCUUUCAUCAUGUAAAUAAUUUCCAUAGUUCUCUUUUAUAAUAAACUAAUGACAUCCAGUGUCUCCAAAAUUAUUUCCUUGUGCUGAUAUAAACAUUUCCAAAUAAAAAUAUGUAAAUGAGUGG